UUUCCUUACUGAGAGAGACGGAGUUAACUGCUCAUUUUGAUUUUGGGGAUUAAAUUAAUUAAAUUAAAGUCUGGCGUUGUCUACUGGAACAGCAUCGAUUCCUAUAUAUUGGGCUUCCUGUCAUGCUUUUCCUGCGGUAUCAAAACCACAAAGCCUCACACUUUCUCAUACCAAUUCCAAUUCCAAUUCCUAUUAUUCCAAAUCGGCGUUGAUGGCCAAGACCAUUCUGGUCACCGGCGGGGCCGGUUACAUCGGUAGCCACACCGUGCUGCAGCUUUUACUCGGCGGCUUCAGCACCGUCGUCGUUGACAACCUUGACAAUUCCUCUGAAAUUGCUAUUGACCGUGUCAGAGAACUCGCUGGGGAUUUUGGCAGGAACCUCUCCUUUCACAAGAUUGACCUCAGGGACAAACCAGCACUGGAAAAACUCUUUUCUGCAACAAAAUUUGAUGCUGUCAUACAUUUUGCUGGACUGAAAGCAGUUGGUGAAAGUGUUCAGAAGCCAUUGCUCUACUAUAACAACAAUAUUGUGGGGACAAUUACUCUGUUGGAAGUCAUGGCAGCCCAUGGUUGCAAAAAGAUUGUGUUCUCAUCGUCAGCCACUGUUUAUGGUUGGCCGAAGGUGGUUCCGUGUACCGAGGAGUUCCCUCUUGUUGCAGCAAAUCCAUAUGGGCGAACUAAGCUCUACAUUGAAGAAAUUUGUCGUGAUAUAUACCGCUCAGACUCUGAGUGGAAAGUCAUAUUGCUGAGAUACUUCAAUCCAGUUGGUGCACACCAUAGUGGCUAUAUUGGUGAGGAUCCUCAUGGGAUCCCAAACAAUCUCAUGCCAUUUGUGCAGCAAGUUGCUGUUGGAAGGCGUCCGGCACUGACGGUGUUUGGAAACGACUAUAAUACCAAAGAUGGUACUGGGGUGCGAGAUUAUGUUCAUGUUGAUGAUUUAGCACAUGGGCACAUUGCUGCAUUGAACAAGUUAGAAGAAGCUAAUAUAGGUUGUGAGGUGUACAAUUUAGGAACUGGUAAAGGAACAUCGGUCUUGGAGAUGGUUGCGGCAUUUGAAAAGGCAUCUGGAAAGAAAAUUCCUCUUGUUAUUGCUGGCCGGCGACCUGGUGAUGCUGAAGUUGUCUAUGCAUCAACAGAUAAGGCAGAGAGGGAACUGAACUGGAAGGCGAAAUAUAACAUUGAUGACAUGUGCCGGGAUCAGUGGAACUGGGCUAGCAAGAACCCAUAUGGCUAUGGACCUCAAGACAAUAGCAGCUGAAAGCCGAAAGCUAAUAGUUCAUAUGCUUUACAAAUUUAGUUUAGGGGUUACCAUCAGUGGAACUAGGCUAGGCAAAUCCAUAUUUAUGGAUCUCCAGACUCUAGCUACAACUAAAAGCUGAUAGUUUUAUAUACUUUAUAUCUUAGUUUAGCGUCAUCUCUCACCCUCUAUGUAAAUCUUUUGUGGCCUUCCAGAUAUUAGGUUUUUGUUUGUCGACAGUACUUAUAAGCGAUAGUCAUUGUGGUGUUACGUUCUGGAUUACUUGGCCAAUUAAUGUUAUGUUUUUAUCGUCCUUUAAUUUGAUCACAGCUUUAGUAGCAAAAUUGUAACCUUUGGAUAAGAUCAUGAGAUCAGAUUGCUGCCUUCUAAUAUAUUUGCUAUACAAAAAUUUGACUUGUUCUCGAGAAA